CCAGGUGAAUGAGCGCCAAUGACGUCACUGGACGCUAAACUAGCUGAAGUGUGUAUUGUGUAGAUAGGAAGUACUAGCUGAAGUCUCCAAAACUCUUCGGCUUCCUUGGAGUCUGCCGAAUAUGUAUCCAGUUGGGCAGCCUCCAGGACCACCUGGUCGUUCUGGUCCUCCAGGACCUCCUGGAUCACAACCACCUCGUGGAGUACCUGGCACAAUGUCUCAACCUGGUCCUUCAGAAACUUCUCUUACAUCAACUGGUGGAGCUUCUGCAGUUCAACCUGGUUCAUCAGUAUCACAAGGAGCACCUCAAAUGCCUGAGUUGCCUGUAUUUAUUUGUCCAAGACGUCCAAAUAUUGGUACAGAAGGACGUGUUAUUAUAUUAAGAGCUAAUCAUUUCCAAAUUUCUAUGCCAAGAGGCUACUUACAUCAUUAUGAUGUUACAAUUACUCCUGAUAAAUGUCCAAGAAAAGUUAAUCGGUAAGGUUGAAUUUUUUAAGAAAUAUAUUUAGAAAUUAAAAAAUUGAUUAGAGUUUGAAUUAUAUACAGUAGAACCCUGAAUAUCUGAUGUAAUGUGAAUCAAUGCUCUAUCAGAUAACUGAAAACUUAGAUAAAAUAGAUUGCCAUGGGCAUUUCAGAAUAAAAAUUAUGAAAAUUAAAGAUUUAUAUGGUAGCACUUUUAAAUUUUUU